CCUGCUCAUGGGGGAGAACGUGGUCACCUUACCACAGGUCCAGCUGUCCACUAAAGACCUGUAUGAUCGCUUGGUCGUUCAGUCUCAUGACAACCAUGACCUCGCCUUGCAAGUGUACAGUGAGUUUACACAAAAGUUUAUGAAGGUUAGUUGGUUACAGUACAGGAAGCCAAUCCCCUGCCACACAGCUUCUAUUCCUACUCCAGACAGCCGCGAGCAAGUCCACAACACAAAAACUGAAGACAUUCUCAAAGUGACCAUCAGUACUUUCCAUGCUUGGAAAGAUGCCAUGAAGGACCUAGUGCCUGCAGUCGUUGCUCUUGAAGGAGCCUCUGAUGCGAUGCUGUCAAGAGUCAAGGCAGUGCAAGAAAAAAAUGAAGUGCUCCUCGAAGGAAUGAAGGUGAUUCUCAGCAAGGAGUACCCUGGCAUUGAAGAAGGCGCCUAUCCCGCUUGGACCGGACAGGCAGACUUGAAGUCGCCCAACGAGGACACUCGCCACUUUGCUCUUUUCAACGUGAUUCGCUGCCUGAGCAGGGACACGCACAGGGCUGACAACUACCUCAAGGUCCUAAGGUGCCGUGAGGUCUAUAGCAAUGCGUGCUGAGUGCUCUCCACGUCCUUUGCUGCGGAAAUGCCCCUCAAAAGGCCCCUCAGGCAUCCAGAUCCCAAGAAUCCUUAAAUCUUUACAUUUUGGAUGCACGUAUCAGAAGAAAUAAAAUAAAAUAUGUUUUUU